AAGAGGAGGAAGGGGAUAUCCUCUUCCUCUCCCAGAGCAUAACUUCUUGCAAGUUCCAGCUUGAUACAAUGGGAGUUGGCCAAACAAGCCAAGAAAAUCAAAGUAACCUUGAUGGUGUUGGGCAAGUGUCCACUGAUUUAUCCCUAGCCUGUCUAGAAGCUAACAAUGUGCGUCCUAAACCUGAACACAGCCAGCCUCUUAAGCACAUGUGUGCCAUUGGCCUGGAGCGUACCCAACAGCUGCCCCUGCCUACAGAACAUAUUGAUGAUGAACCAAUAUACGUAAAUCCAAAGCAGUACCAUGCAAUUCUCCGGAGGAGAGAGCGCCGAAAAAUUCUUGGAUCAGAAGACAAAGUAGCAGCAAUUCGAAAGAGGAUCCUUCUCGAGUCUCGCCAAAAGCAAGCAAAAUUGAGGCGUCGAGGAAACGGCGGACGGUUCAUCAGCAUAGAACAUCCUCCUGAACCUUGUGUGGACGAUCAAUUAUCUGAAAACGGUGAGAGUAUCUCAGCUUGUCCAUCUACAGUUUCAGAAAACUCUAGCAAUUUGAAUGCUUUCACAGGAGAUGCCUGAUGUUAGGGAUAGAAGCAACCUAAAGGUGAUGAAAUGUCAGUGGCUACAAUCUGCAGAAGCUUCUCUAGAUGAAGUUGGAUGUGUACAUGUGCAACCUGUAUUGUUGCUCCUGUGGCAACUAGCAAAUGAUCCCUAUCUUAACUAUUUGGUGUUGCUCAUUGGCUUAAUUAAUUAUUUGUGGGAUGUCUAGCAACUCAGUUUAAAUGUUAGUAAAGAUCAAUUGU